AUGGGGAGAGGUCUUAAGCUUAGAUUCUUGAUGCCUUCUUUCCAGUUCUGUCGCUCCAAGAAACCUUCGUUUCUGGCUUCUAUACACAUGUUUUCCCCAAUCAAUCCCAAGGCAUUCGACACUCCUUAUCCCGGUUUCCCUGUUCCACCGCCUUCAACACCAACUCAGUAUCAUGAACACCUUGAAUCGCCCGUUCACAGAUUCAAGAACGAGCAGAAACCUUCUCACAAGACUUAUAAUUCACCGGUUUCGGAUUUUUCAGAUGAGAAUAUGAGGCCCAUUGCACGUUCAAACGGCAAAAAGAAGGCAAAAAUGGGGAGAGAUCAGAGGGCUAAAGCCAAACACAGGCUUAGCAGAAGCAAUAAUUCAUCGGGGGAGAGUGGCUGGUUCAGCGGCGAGGAAACAGAGAGCUUAUUUUCAUCUUCUCCGAGCUUCGAUUCCUCAUUAGAUCUUGAUUACCAGACAAAUGGAAUAGCUACAAGAAAGCAGAAGAAUGGCUUGAAGGUUCGGACACUGAAACAUUACCUGUCUGGGAGCUUUAAGGAUACUGAAAACGAUUGUGCAGUCAAGAAAUCGGUUUUUGAGCGGUUGAUGCCAUGCAUGGUGGAGGGGGUUGUGAAGGACAGCUUUGCAGUGGUGAAGAAAACAGAUGAUCCGUACGAGGAUUUCAAGAUAUCAAUGCUGGAAAUGAUAGUAGAGAAACAAAUAUUCGCAGUAAAGGAUUUAGAGCAGCUUUUGCUGUGUUUUCUUUCUCUCAAUUCACAGCACCACCAUGCAGCCAUUGUGGAGGCCUUCACAGAGAUAUGGUACGAGCUCUUUACCAUAUCUCCGGUUCCUGGUACAAAUUGGCAUGGUACCCAUCAGCACCAUAAAAUUCAGUGA